ACGUCCUGUCAGUGUAAACUCAGCUGUCGUUUCGUCACCACGUGUCUUGUUUUCUUUCCGAUUCACGUUUGUUUCCAAUUAUGAACUUUUUAUGAUUAUUGCUUUUUCUUCGUAAUAUAUUGUGUGUUGUUAUCAUUAUAACUAUCACUUCUCGAACAGUUUUCGUGACUUUUAUGUGUUAUGUUUAAUGAGUGACUGUAAGUGACUUUUGCGAAGGUUGUUCGAUAAAUAAAGAUGAUGAUGGACCAGGCUCAUUUCGGAGAAUACCUGCUGAGGCAGCAAAUGUUACAUGCAGCUUCUUUAAGUAGCCUUCAGCACAGAAUCGGUGCCGAUGCGGAGCCGCCCGCAUGCGAGACGCGUCUUCUCAACGGAGACUUGUGGCGGCGAUUCCAUGACAUUGGCACCGAGAUGAUCAUCACUAAGGGUGGAAGACGCAUGUUCCCGUCACUCCGGGUAUCCUUAAGCGGACUCGACCCUAGAGAGGAGUACUGUGUUCUUCUGGAACUGUCCCUGGUGGGGCGCCGCCGCUGGCGCUGGGCUGGCGGGGCCUGGGCAGCUGCUGGAGGCGCAGAACCUCAGUCCCCACGUCGGUUAAUGCUGCACCCUGAUUCUCCUGCACCUGGACACCAUUGGACAGCCAACCCUGUGUCCUUUAGCAAGCUUAAGUUGACCAACAAUACGAUGGACGCGCAAGGACAUAUGGUUCUAACAUCGAUGCACAAGUACCGGCCUCGCGUGCUUGUGGUGCGAGCGAGGGACGCCGCAGCGCUGGCGUGGGGCGCGCCGCACGCUUCCUUCGCCUUCCCAGAGACUGAGUUUAUAGCCGUUACUGCUUACCAGAACGACCGGAUAACUAAACUGAAGAUCGACAACAAUCCAUUCGCGAAAGGUUUCCGCGCCUGCGGCCAGUCCAAGUGCAAAAGAAAGAACAUAGAACCAGAUAAUCCAGAAAACCAAAAUGAAACCACAGACGCAAAACGCUCCUGUUCUGAUGCGGCGUCUUCUUGCUCGGAAGAAGGCAGCCUCCGGUCCUCAUCCCCUAGAUCUCCACCUUUAGUAGAAUCACCCGCUCCACUCGUAGUACAAGAAAACAUAACCCCACCCCCUACAUUCUACCCUCCUGAGUUACCAUACAUGAAUCCUCUACAUGUUAUGCCAAUGCCUUUAGGAAUGUGGCCCGCUAAUACUUUAGCUGGUAGUUUUCUGAGCUCUCCCUGGGGUCCAACUUUACCCCCUCCACCCACGAACAUCACACCGCCUACUGCCCCCGCUCCUUGCAGACGCAUCAAGAGUUUUACCAUCAGUGCUUUACUCGGUGAAGGCUGAUCCCACUUCUGAUUUUAGACAAUAUUUUAAUUUAUCUGGAUUUCUAUGGAAAUCUCGACGGGCAUAAUGCGCAAUAUUUACUGUAUUGUAAAUAAAUACCUACCUACUCGAUGUUACUUCUUAAACCUACCUCGUAGAUGUUAACGAUUAGGGUCGAACUUAUAUUUUAUGUGAUAAAAGUGCCUUACGCAAACUUUUAAUUUAGUACGAGAAAAGUAAUAAAUUGAAGUUUUUUGUUUUAGAAAACUACGUCUAAUUUAUGUACUUAGGCUACGCAUAGAAUUGUACAUAUAAAAAUUAUUUUUAUGUAAGAAGAUAAAGUAAAUAAUUUUAAUAUUACUUUU